CUAUAAUAGUUGAUGUUUCAAGUCCAAAACAUCGAUGUCAGCGUCGGGCUGCCAAAAAACUCGAAUCUCGAACAGCCGAAAGCCGAAACGGAACGUAACCUUAAAAGUUCACUAAGGUGUUAUCAUAAAUUGAGCAAAAUUUAUGAUGGAUUCUCUUACUACUGGAUCAUCCGAUUCUAUCAAGAAGGAAGAUUUGAUGGACCAAGUAAAAGAGCAGAUUGCGAUAGCCAACGCUCAGGAAAUUCUAACAAAAAUGACAGAAAAAUGCUUCAAAAAGUGUAUUGAUAAACCAGGCUCAUCCUUAGGAAACUCAGAACAGAAAUGUAUUGCUAUGUGUAUGGACCGCUAUAUGGAUUCCUGGAAUAUUGUUUCAAAAGCAUACACAAACAGAUUACAGCGUGAACGACAUCGUAUGUAACGGAAACCGCUCAAAUCGAGAAUAGUGAACUAGAACUUAUUAUUGUUAUCUCUAUUGUUGACUUGUAAGUAACAUAUAAAUACUUGAAUAAGUCUUUAUCUUUAAAGCUUUAAUUGUUUAUAAAUCGGAUCAAUCACGAAAUAAUAUCAAUCCAAAUUUAUCACAGUAUGAUACUCAACUCCAUUCCUUUUUCUAUUCACUUUUUUGAAAUUUAAUUGAUAUCUUAAGUUUUGAGUAUCUCAAUUUUGUAUUCAGUGUAUAAUUUUCUUGUUGAAACUUAAAUAAAUAUGUAGGCAUGA